CUAUGACACCAUGGAGUGAGAGUCGAAGAUUUAUAUGAGAACCACCCCAGUUGAGUUGGACGGAACUUUCUCCUAGCAAUUGAAGGGCCAAUGGCGGGGCGGGAGGACUCUCAAUUCCUCUCUCGUUCCCUCUGGCAGGGCUUGUCUUGGGCGAGCAACGCAAGACAAAGGUCUCUCUCGCCCACAGUUCCAAGAUCCCAGUGAAACGUGAGGGAGGGCACGGCGCAGCGUCACUUGAAUUGUGGCGGGCCGUUCCGAGGGCUCUUUCGAGCUGGAGAAGGGCAAGUCGACGAGUGCGAUUCCCGCUGGGCAAGCAAGCGCUCAGUUUGAGAAGAACUGGACGGAGCGCCUCGCAAUGGCAGGCCAAGCGCGCCUGAGCCUCGCUCCCAGCAAGCCACGCGCCUCCGGGCGCGCAUGGAGGCGAGCGCGUUAGGUGCUGGAGUGGCGAUCACGCUCCGCACGGGAGGGCUGGAAGAGCCCCGCGGAGUGCCUUUCGCCUUGCAUUGGGGCGGCGCGGGAGGGGGGCGACUGUUGUUGUUUUGUUUGGGCAGGAUGCAGGUGAUCUUGUCCCCCGCGCAGAUGCCCGGCCUUUGCGUUUGUCCUCUGCGAAAGGAAAAGGCUCCGAUUUCCGAGGGAUGUGAGUGUGCAGCCGGAUGAAAUGGGCAGGAGAAACAAGCGCGGCUCUGUCCGUCCUCUCUCUCUCUCUGCUUUGGGCAGGAGGAAUCGACCUGCCAAGCUGCCAUCUAGAGGCGCCUGUCUGUAGUGUAUAUAACCGACGAGUCAGCUGGAAAGAGGAGUCAGUCUCUUGCAAGUUGCCCUGAGAGAGGACCGUCUCCCUGCGCUCAGGAGGAAGGAGAAGGCAAUUCUAGACUCCUUCAAUUUCAAAUCAUCCAGCUAUGAAUACCAUUGAUUUGCCUCCUAUAUUUGAUCUUCUGGAAGUGGGGAACCUCACUGAAGCCAACUUGACUUGCAGUAAUGGAGACUGUAUCACUGUGGACUCUUUAUCAUGCCCAAAUACAGUCAACAAAAAUGCCCUGCUCUACAUUCUCUCUAUUUUUUAUAUCUUUAUAUUUAUAAUAGGGCUGGUGGCCAAUUUUCUGGUUGUCUGGAUGAACUUUCAAGCCAAAACAACUGGCUAUGAAACUCAUCUCUACAUAUUCAAUCUAGCCAUCGCUGACCUGUGUGUGAUCAUCACUCUGCCAGUCUGGGUGGUUUCCCUUGCUCAUCACACCCAGUGGCACAUGGGAGAGAUCAUGUGCAAGAUCACUCACCUCGUAUUUUCCAUUAACCUGUACGGGAGCAUCUUCUUCCUGGCAUGCAUGAGCAUGGAUCGCUAUCUCUCAGUUGCCUACUUCACAACCUCUGGCACCAUUAAAAAGAAGAUUAUCCGCCGUUGCAUCUGCAUAUUUGUGUGGCUUUUUGCCUUCUUUGCGUCUCUUCCUGAUACCUAUUACCUUAAGACAGUGUCUUCCAACAAUGAAACCUACUGCCGUCCUAUCUAUCCAGAGGAGAGUGCCAAGGAGUGGCUGGCCGGCAUGGAACUGAGCUCUGUGGUUCUAGGUUUCAUCAUUCCCUUUCCUAUCAUCACUGUUUUCUAUUGUCUUCUAGCAAGGACCAUAUCGGCCUCUAAUGACCAAGAGAGGAAGAGCAAUGGAAAAAUAAUCUUCUCCUAUAUAGUGGUGUUUCUCUUCUGUUGGCUGCCAUAUCAUGUUGUGGCCUUGCUUGACUUAUUCUUGACCUUCCAUUUCAUACCUUUUAGCUGCCAAAUGGAGAACUUCAUUUUCACAGCCCUCCAUGUUACGCAGUGUUUCUCCCUGAUCCAUUGCUGUGUCAACCCCAUACUCUACAGCUUCAUCAACCGAAACUACAAGUAUGAACUCAUGAAGGCAUUCAUCUUUAAGUAUUCAGCAAAAACUGGCCUUACUAAACUGAUUGAUACUUCCAGGGUAUCAGAAAUGGAGUAUUCUGCUCUGGAGCAAAAUGCAAAAUGAUCCCAGCUUCACAAAAGACUCUGAAACUCUAUCUUUAACUGCACAAUAAUUUUGACCUGAUAUAAUAAAAAUGAAAAGAAAAAUAACUAUGAAUUCUUGGAGCAAAACAUGUACUACCCAAAUGCUGCAUGUGUUUUAUUGUGAUUGUCUACUUCCAACCUAUCCACUCUAUUUGUAGCUAUGCUAGUGGAGAAAAUGUGCAGUAAACAAAGCAAUCUUGUACUAAAGAUAUUGCUCAAUUUAUUGUAUGCUGCUUGGGAAGCAGAUAGCCCCUUCCCUAGCUGGACUCUUGACUUCACUGUAUCCAUUUUACAGUGUGUAUUAAAAAAACACAGAACUCUAUUUUCUUGCUUUUGCAAUUGUAUUGGGGAAUAUAUAUGUAUGUAUGUAUGUUUGUAGCAUAUUGUCAGUGAUUGAAUAUCAAAUCCUGUAGUUUUAAUAUUCAAUUUCCAUUCAAUUUGCUAUUGUAAGAGUAGAACUUGUGUUAAAUAAUUGCUAUAUUCUGAGUUGGUCUUGGCAAAAUGUCAUGAUGAUCUAGUUGUAAUAUAGUAUUAUUAUAAUGCACACUAUAGUGUAUGAAGAUAAUGUUAUAUGUUUCUCUAUUUUCUAAUCCUGUCACACUUACUUAACCCAGUGUCCCUUCUCCUUAUUUGUAAAUUAUUUUUUUUAAAAUAAAUAUAUUUGGAAAAAG